AUGUCAGGUACAGACAGGAAGUGAUGUCAGGUACAGACAGGAAGUAGAGAGGAGACAAUGUUGGAAGUGGCAGCAGAGGAGUUAUCCGUCUACAAGGAGACCUGUAUAGAUCACAUGAUGGCACCAAUGAGGAUGGAGGAGGAACGGAGUCACAUGACUGAGAAGAUACUAAACCUCACCCUGGAGAUCAUCUACCUGCUGACCGGGAAAGAGAUUUCCUCUUCUGAAGUCAGGUGAUCAUAUGACCAUCACAGUGCCUCCAUGUGACUUCCUAAACCCUGAGAGACACAACAUGCAGAAGAUUCUAGAAGUCACCAAGAAGAUGAUGGAGCUGCUGACAGGAGAGGUUCCUAUAAGGUGUCAGGGUGUCACUGUCUAUUUCUCCAUGGAGGAGUGGGAGUAUUUAGAAGGACACAAGGAUCUCUACAAGGACGUCAUGAUGGACAAUCAGCCGCCCCUCACAUCACCGGUCCAUGGCCGGGAGAUGAGGAAAACCUCCGAGGAUUGUCUCACUUUGUCUCCAGACUGGAAAGUAGAAGAUGAGGACAUCACACAGUAUAGUCCAGGAGAAAACCCGGCUCCCUCCAAUGUCCAUCCGGCACCACCCAUUGUAGAUGAACCAUCGGUUUCCUCGUAUCCUGAGGAACCUCAGACUGUGUGGGACCGGGCCGGCCUUCCAACAAGAAAGAGCUUCUCCUGUACCGAGUGCGGGAAAUGUUUCCAUUAUAAAUCUCGUCUUAAUGUGCAUAAAAGAUCUCACACGGGGGAGAAGCCGUAUCCUUGUCCUAAGUGCGGGAAAUGUUUCAGUUCUAAAUACAACCUUAAAGUUCAUAAAAGGUCUCACACGGGUGAAAAGCCAUAUUCCUGUCCUAAGUGCGGGAAAUGUUUUGUAAUAAAAUCAAGUCUUGUCACACAUCAAAGGCUUCACACGGGGGAAAAAAAACCAUACUCCUGUUCUGAGUGCGGGAAAUGUUUUUCGGACAAGUCCCUUUAUCACAGACAUCAGACAUCUCACAUGGAGGAGAAACCACAUUCCUGUCCUGAGUGCGGAGAAAAGCCUUAUUUGUGUCUUGACUGCGGGAAAUGUUUUUCAAGAAAGUGCUAUCUUUACACACAUCAGAGAUCUCACACAGGGGAGAAGCCUUAUUCCUGUCCUGAGUGCGGGAAAUGUUUUUCACAGAAGUCCAGUUUUUCCAUACAUCAGAGAUCUCACACAGAGGAGAAGCCGUAUUCCUGUCCUGAGUGUGGGAAAUGUUUUUCAGUGAAGUGCAGUCUUUACCAGCAUCAGAGAUCUCACACAGGUGAGAAGCCAUAUUCUUGUCCUGAGUGUGGGAAAUGUUUUUCACAGAAGUCCCAUCUUUCCAAACAUCAGAGAUCUCACACAAGGAAGAAGCCACUUUCCUGUCCCGAGUGCGGGAAAUGUUUUACAGUGAAGUCCCAUCUUUAUACACACCAGAGAUCCCACACAGGGGAGCAGACAUAUUCCUGUUCUGAGUGCGGGAAAUGUUUUGUAUACAAAUCAGAACUUGUUAUACAUCAGAGAUCUCACACGGGGGAGAGAAGCCGUAUUGCUGUCCUGUGUGUGGGAAACGUUAUUCACAGAAGUCCCAUCUUAACAGACAUCAGAGAUCUCACGCAGGGGAGAAAUUACUUUCCUUUUUUUAAUUAA